UUGCUUUCAUUUUCAUAUGAUGCAUUCACUUUUCAGCAAAUGCAGAGGAAUGAUACGUACAUACAUUCCUCUGUUGUCAUAAAAGUGAAUCAACAUUUAAUACACAAAAAUUGAUGUUCACUCACUAAUUUCUUUAAUUAUAUAUAUAUAUAUGGGUAAAAUGAUGUUCUAUUUCAACUUGUCAUGUUCCAAUCUAAUAACCAUUCUCCUCAUCGUUCUCUCUCUAUGGAACACUUCAGGUUUUGCUCUCAAACAGUCAUAUAUUGUUUACAUGGGGGAUUAUGCGGAUGAGAUGUACCAAGUGAGCAAUAUUCUUCUCCAGAAUCGCACAGAGGCUCAUAUUGAUUUCCUUGGAUCCAUUUUAGGAUGCAAGAAGAAAGCCAAGGACGCCAUGUUUUAUUCAUACAGAAGGCACAUCAAUGGGUUUGCAGCGCAACUUGACGAGGCGGAGGUGGCUUUGAUUCGAAAGAAUCCUAUGGUUGUAACUGUUUUUCCAAAUGAGGAGAGACAAUUGAAAACUACCAAUUCCUGGGAUUUCCUGUCUCUUGGAACAAAUGGUGCAAUUCCACCACAUUCUCUCUGGAAAAAGGCCAGAUUUGGUGAAGAUGUCAUCAUCGGAUGUAUUGAUACCGGAAUUUGGCCGGAAUCAGCCAGCUUUCAUGAUCAAGGAUUUGGCCCAAUUCCUCAGAGAUGGAAGGGAAGGUGUGACAAGGAUAAUGGUGCCCCUUUCCCUUGCAAUAGAAAACUCAUUGGAGCGAAAUACUUCUACCAAGGUUUCGUAAAUAGAUAUGGGCGUAGAAAAUAUGUAGUUGAUACUGCCCGCGAUUAUAAUGGUCACGGAACCCACACGUUAUCCACCGCCGGUGGGAAUUUUGUGCCAGGAGCAAGUGUCUUUGGGAUGUACAAUGGAACAGCACGAGGCGGGGCGCCAAAAGCUCGAGUUUCUGCGUACAAGGUGUGCUGGCCGGCUUGUCUGGACGCUGAUAUCUUGAAAGCCUUUGAUCAUGCCAUUGAUGAUGGGGUGGACAUCAUCUCCAUUUCCAUGGGGGGCGCUAAAAGUAAUUAUUAUGAUAGUGCAAUUGCUAUAGGAGCCUUCACUGCUGUUAAACAUGGAAUCCCCGUUGUGGGUUCUGCUGGCAAUGAUGGACCCACCCCUGGAACUGUCUUAAAUACCGCACCAUGGAUUAUUACAGUGGGAGCAAGUACAAUUGACCGUGAUAUCACUGCAUAUGUCCACCUUCAGAAUGGAGUGCGACUCAAGGGCAAAGGCCUCUGGAAGGGAGUGUCAGAUGGUAGGAUGUAUCCACUUGUCCGCGGUGAAGAUGCCAGAACUCACUCUGCAUCUGCUGCGAAUGCGUCGGUGUGCGAGCCAGGAUCAUUAGACCCUAAGAAAGUGAAGGGCAAGAUUGUGCUGUGUCUGAGUGGGAGUCUUACACCAAUGCUGAAGGGGGAGACCGCUGCUAGAGCUGGUGCUGUUGGAAUGAUCAUUUGUAACCAUCGCACUUCCUCUGAUGCCUCUAUCCAUCAUCAUGUCCUUCAUACCGUACAUCUCAAUUAUAUUGAGGCUCUCGCCAUAUAUGCCUACAUGAACACCACUAAAAAUCCAAUGGGUUUAAUUACAUCCACCAAGGUAGAGCUUGGGGUAAAGCCAGCUCCUGUAGUUGCUGAUUUCUCCUCUAGAGGCCCAAAUAAAAACACACCAGAAAUCCUCAAGCCGGAUAUCAUAGCACCUGGAGCAGACAUCAUGGCUGCCUUUACAGAGGCCCAAAGCCCAUCGUUGUUGCCCUCUGAUGUACGCAGGACUAAAUAUGCUUUUAUGAGUGGAACAUCUAUGGCUUGUCCUGUUGCUGCUGGUGUAGUUGCCCUUCUCAAAGCCAUCCAUCCCCACUGGAGUCCUGCUGCUAUUCGGUCUGCUCUCAUGACUACUGCAACCACGUUGAGUAACACGAACGCGCCUAUUCUUGACGGGACGUCUUCAUUUGAAGGAACACCAUUUACCAACGGAGCAGGGCUUAUUAGACCUAACCUAGCAGCCGAUCCAGGCUUGGUAUAUGACUUGAGCCUAAGAGAUUACGAGACCUUUCUUUGUGCUAUUGGUUAUAACCAAACCAUAAUGAAGACCUUCACUGAUAACUAUACAUGUCCCUUAGUCAAACCAAACAUAGUGAAUUUCAACUACCCUUCAAUAACAGUGCCUGCAUUCUCUGCUGGCUCAUCAGUCACUGUGAGUAGACUAUUGAAGAAUGUUGGCUCACCUGGGACUUAUGUUGCUCAAAUUCACCAACCACUGGGAGUUUUAGUAUCUGUGAAGCCUAACAAUUUGCAAUUUACAAAGAUUGGUGAGGAAAGGAAGUUCGAGUUGACGUUUACAUGGGCCGGAAAUGCAACUAGCGCACCUCAUGAUGUCUACACAUUCGGCGAUUUGAUAUGGUCGGAUGGGAAGCAUAAGGUGAGAAGCCCAAUCGUUGUCCGUACAACACUAGCUUCGAACAGUAUUCCUAAACAACUUAGUUUAGACACAACCAUAAAUCUCUAGUGUAAUGGAUGGAUCACAUUAUUAUUCAGCACCAACAUCAUAUAUGCAUAUAUAUAUAUAAAUUGUAUCAGUAUUUCCAUA